AUGGAGUUCGACGACGCGCUGGACACGGGCCAGAAGGAGCAGAGCACCCUAAGGGUCGAUACUCCAACUCGCGACGCGUCCAACGCGUUUAUUAACCCAGUCGGUCCUCAAGAAAAGGAAAAAUCGACUGGCCCUCCUACCCCCCUUGUUUUCGAUAAAGAGAGUCUGUCCCAAGGACUCACCCAAUCACCGUCAAUCCUGGUUUCCGACCUGGGCAACUUCUCGAAGAAGAGAUCCAGGUUGGACUCGGCUGGACUCACCGCCGAAAACCAAGCUACGGAGUUGAUGGGAACUCCUAGAUCAAAUUGA